AUGGCUGCUCCUUUGACACUUCUUGUGAUUGUGGCCGUCACAAUCCGCGCUGCUCUGUUCAGAUCCAGUUUGGUGGAUGUGAUUUCGGAGCGCGUGGAGGUGGUGUCUCCUCUGACUGCCUGGAAGAGAGUGGUUGAAGGUUUGGCUCUGCUUGACUUGGGAGUGUCACCGUACUCUGGAGAUGUUUUCCACGAGACUCCUCUCAUCAUCUACCUCUUCCACUUUUUGGUGGACUAUGCAGAGAUCACAUUUAUGUUAGCCGAUGUGAUGACAGCCGUGGCUCUUUACCUCGCAGUGAAAGACUACAACAAACAAGUGUUCAGGAAGCAGAAGUAUGCGUUGGAGGCGGACCGUUACCCUCACGACUGUCACGAGCUCAUCAGAAGCCCGACAGAAAUGUUCUACAUCCCUCUGAAAGUCGCCAUGUUUUACCUGUUGAACCCGUUCACCAUCCUGUCCUGCGUCGCCAAGUCCACCUGCGGUCUGAACAACGCCGUCAUCGCCUUCUUCAUCCUCUCUACGAUAAAAGGAAGUGUUUUGCUGAGCGCCAUAUUUUUGGCUUUGGCCACAUAUCAGUCCAUCUAUCCGCUGACUCUCUGCGCUCCGGCACUGCUCUAUCUGAUGCAGCGUCAGUACAUCCCGGUGAACUUCCGGCGGGUGAGCUUCUGGUGGUUCAUCGCUCAGUACGCCUUCAUGUACCUGGGAAGCCUGUGUGUCAUCAUCUGCCUCUCCUUCUUCCUGCUCGGCUCCUUUGACUACGUUCCCUCCGUCUACGGCUUCAUUCUCUCGGUACCAGACCUGACACCAAACAUCGGCCUCUUCUGGUAUUUCUUCGCCGAGAUGUUUGAACACUUCCGCCUCUUCUUCCUCUGUGUCUUCCAGAUCAACGUCUUCUUCUACACCAUCCCUCUGUCCGUCAAACUCAAGGAGCAUCCGGUGUUUCUGAUCUUCAUGCAGUUAGCGGUGAUCUCCAUCUUUAAAUCUUACCCCACUGUGGGAGACAUCGCUCUCUACAUGUCCUUCCUGCCGGUGUGGAGUCACCUGCACAGAUUCUUGAGGAACAUCUUCUUGGUGUCCUGCGUCCUUCUCGCCUGCUCGGCUCUGUUUCCGGUUCUCUGGCACCUCUGGAUCUACGCCGGCAGCGCCAACUCCAACUUCUACUACGCCAUAACGCUGCUGUUCAACGUGGCACAGAUUCUGCUGGUGUCGGAUUAUUUCUACGCCUUCUUGAGGAGAGAGCAUCAUCUCACUUAUGGACUGUACCUGAAGAGGAAAGACGGCUCCGAGGCUACGCUAGUUCUUAAAUAAAACACACACACACACACAUACCUACACACACACACAAACACACUCUAACACACAUAACACACAUACCACCUGGCUGGCCCGCCUCCACCAGGACGGGGGGAAAACUGGAAACCGGAGGUCUCACUUAUCCUCAAAGGGAACAAACACAAACUUGAGGAGGAUAAAAGACUCUCGAGGCCUCGGCACACACACACGUGCAGACGCUGUGCCUCGUAACGGUUUCAACUCACAACGUUCAUGUCAGACACAAGCUGCUGCCAUGUGAGACAAAAAACUCAACUAAACAUCGCUCUCCUCCUUUCUCUUCUUUCGUCCGUCUGGAGCGCUCGUAACUUUUUUGACGCCUUCGGAGUUCAUCCUGCAGCUCCGUCCUUGGACAGCGUUUUAGAUUAAAGCACCGUCAUUCGUGCAGAUUUUGGGUUGUAUUUUGAAAGUCUAGUCUUCUUUAAACACCAAAAAAAAACUUUGAUAAUUCCUGAUUUCUAGCUCUCUCCCACACAUUAUUAUUUAUAUUUGUGUUCAAACUGAUCCCCUUUUAUUGUGGGAAAAAUAGAAGUAGUAACCCCUUUUUUUGAAAUCCUAAAAAUAUCCCUUUGUUGUCUCUGUUUCUCACUUUUUCCACCACUUUAUUAAUGUUUGCUUUCCAUCAUUUCAUUUACUUGUGACGUGUUUCAUCUUAACGCGAGUGAAAAGCGGUCAAACCCGCCACUAACCUCAUUGUGGUACAUUAAACUUCACACUACCGGCGGGCCUGUUAUCACUUCAGCUGCCUGCAAACAGACUUCAAAUAGAAAAGAGAUGGCUCCCUUUUUUUACUACCUGAUGAUGAUGAUGAUGAUGAAGAGUAAAGUCUGAGUAAGACAACAGUGAAUGUGAAGUUAAAGGAGACAAAUCUUCUGUUUUUCCAGAAACAUCUUCAUACUUUUUUAAACACACAGAAGAUUUAUAAACGGACAAAAGUGCAGCCAGUAGCAAAAUUUGGGCCGAUAAAUUUAAUCUAAUAACGGCUAAUGUUUGAUAUUUUCCUUUAUUUCUGCAUGUGGAAUCAAAGUUACUUAACAAAGUCAUGGUUGAAUUUAAACAUUUAAAAUGAGUCGUAAAGUUUAAGACUUGAAAGCCGACAGUAUUUUAAUUAAAGUUGGAAAUUUUGUAUUUUCCAUCUUAUCCGACAUGACAUGAACAAACAAAUCAUCAGCAUGGUUGAUUUUCAAUUAUUCGCACUGUAGCAGCCGAUAACGUAAUAACGGACGAUAACGUUAUAAUUUUGCCCGUUUUAAAUGUAAUAAAACCAAUAACGUAAUAACAUUCCUGAACCAAUAAAGUUGGCCUAGUAAAAAAAAAAAAGAAUAGUUUUGCCCGUUUUUAACGUAAUAAAGCCGAUAACGUAAUAACUGGAUUCGAUAUCGUA